CUGGUUGUUUGGAUACGAAAAUCAAUUAAACGCAUGGCCCAAUUCUAUAUGAUCUGCUAUGAAAGAAGCCCAAAGGUUUGUUACUGCCGCACAACUAUUAAAUGGCUGAAAGUACAAAUAUAGCCCCCCUUCGUUCAGUACAAUUUCUUGCUGGGAGAGUACGAGAACAACCCUGGACGCGUUGGUAGGUUAACAAAUCCCCAGCAAAAUAUCUAUCGUACCUGGCAUUCAAUCAGAUAAACAUCAUCAUAAAUCAUUACUGACUAUUUUUAAUUUUUUUCUUACUCCUACAGCAACAUUUUUGCACUAUGUCGCCAUUUUCUAGAUCAUUCCACAACUUUCCAUUGCAGUUUCCAAACCCAAUUCUUCCCCUUGAACCCCCAAUAUAAUAAACCCAGAAAUUUUUCGCCCAAGUUCAUCAUUCUAAUACUCUUUUAUCUUUUUAGCGUAAUCGUAAUCGUAUUCGUCGAAUUCACCCAACAAAAAACAGAGAGAUUUCUUCCACAAUGUCUUCAGAAACAGAGUCUUCUGAGCCAUCACUUUCUUCCCUGAUUGAGCGUCUGAUUAGCUCAAGAAACCGAGAUCUCGCCCUUCUUCUCCCUUUGAUGCUUGCCCUUUUGCACGACCGGGCCUCCGCCGCCGUCGCAAACCCAGAUGCGGAUUCCUCAACCCCAGUUCAAGAAUCCGGCGAAAACGAAGCCGACAACGACAACUCUCCUCCGCCUUCACUCGGGCCGAACGAUCGGAUCAUCCUGAUUAACCCAUUUACCCAGGGAAUGGUUGUGAUUGAAAACAGCAGCAGGGGUGACGGUAAUUCAGGCACUUCGACCUUGGAGUCUUUGUUGAGUGAUUUGUUUGGUAAGGAUGGUCAACCCCCUGCUUCGAAAGCUUCCAUGGAAGCCAUGCCUGUGGUGGAAAUCAAUGAGCACGAAGAAGGGGAAGAGUGCGUGAUAUGCUUGGAAGCCUGGAAAGUUGGGAAAGAGAUGCCGUGUAAGCAUAGGUUCCACGGGGAAUGCAUUGAGAAGUGGCUCAAAGUUCAUGGGACUUGCCCUGUUUGCAGGUACAAGAUGCCGGUUGAGGAGAACGCCGGAGGGAGUUCCAAAGAAGGUGAAAACCGAGAGAACAAUAGUGGAAGAGGGAGACAGAUUUGGUUUAGCUUUAGUUUUGGUGGAAACGGUAACCGUGGUAGGAGUAGCGAGGAUAGCGAUUUGGAUUGAUCAACUGAGUGAUUCCCCAGUUUCGUUCGUCUAUGGUGUUGUACUGUUCUUCCCCAAACAACACCAACAACUCUUGAUCAGGAAAUUUUAGGGUUAGAUUCUCAAAAUCGAAAUUUUUGGGGAAUUUUUUUUUUUUUCCCUCUUGGGGCUUUUCUGAAUGUAAAUACUAAAUAGUAGAGUUGGAAAUCAAAAGGGAAUUCCGUCUUAGAUUCUGGAAAUCAAAAGUUUUAGGGGGCAUUUUGUUUGUUUUGUUGGGAUUUCUCUUUCUUUAGGGGGUUUCUUCUGAAUGUAAAUACUGAGCAGCAGUUGAGUUGGCAAUCAAUGAGAAUUUCAUUCGUUGUCUGUGUCUUUUCUCCUUUUGCAGUAAUGAUGGUUUUGUUAGUGAUGAUUGUUAUUAGUCUCAAUGAUUUUGUCAUUUUGUCACCAUGAAAACCUUUUUGAUGAAAUGGCUG